CUUAUGAAGUUGGCAGUUCCGACCAAAACAUUUGACAGAAACAAGUGCAAGUUAAUCCAGAGUGCAGACUGCAGACGAUUGGGAACAAUGUUUAGUGGCAAACAUUUGGAAUGAGUAUUGAAGCUCUGUUACUUUCUUCGUUUUUUGUGUUAUUUGUGUCAGUUGGUGUUUGUGCAGAAGAUUUAGGACUCCAGUCUGUUGCUGCUUUGAAUAGCGAAGUAGACUCCUUCGGGCAUGAAAGUAAAUCUGAUGUUUUGCCUCUGCGAGCUACUGUAGUGAGCAAAAGAGUUGCAGAAUUUACGGAUCAGUUUAUAAAACAAGAUGAUCUGUCAUUAUCAUCAGAUGCUGAAGUACUCCAGGGAGAUGUUGAGGACCUGCAGGUGACAACUGCUCCUGCCUCUCAAACUGAAGAUAUUGAAACAGUGGAAAACUCAACAUUAAAUAAUACUGAUAAUGGCUUGAAUAGAAGUACACUUGUAUCCUGUGUUGUAGGAAACAGUAGUAUUGGGAAACCAGUGGAGCUGAUUAAUUCUACAAGAUUGUUGAGCCUUCUGGUAAGUGACCCCAAUGUGACACGACGUCGCCAGCCGGCAGAAUGCGUAAUGGUCCUCUUCUAUGCUCGUUAUUGUCCAUUUAGCAGCCUGGCAGCACCCCACUUCAAUGCCCUCCCUAGGGCUUUUCCAGACAUAAAAAUGGCUGCUAUUGAUGCAAUGAAAUACCACAGUUUCAAUACACAAUAUGGAAUUGUUGGUGUCCCCACAGUAAUGUUGUUCCACAAUGGUCGACCAGCUGCAAAGUUCAAUAAUUCUGAUUACACCUUAGAAAUGUUUGGACGCUUUAUAAUAGAAUAUACAGGCCUUGAACCCAAAAACAAAUUGUUUGUGAUGUCUGUUGACUUCAGUGGUCCUGUACCAAGUGUACCGGUCAAAGAGACUGAUUACUGUCUUGUCUUGUCAUGGGUGUUCAUAAUGCUGUGUGCAGUGUACUACUUUAGUAAGUCUGCAUGGUGGCAAUGGAUUGUAGAAGCUGUACAGAACUCUUGGAGAGAAGCAGAAGCACACCAUGAACAUGAACAUGUGGAGUGACAGUUAACCACUGUGCUUGUUGGAAGGGGACUGUGAACAUUUCCUGCUCUUGGAUUACAAUCGUUGUAUUGCUUGUCAUUCAGGGAUGGAUGCCUUAUUUUUUCCCAAACUUCAGUGCAUUUAAAUUAUCAGUUGCAGUUGAUAUUAUCUUUUAAUAGCAUUUUUGUUGAAGUUGAUGAAAUUAUGCUAUAUCUCAAGUGUCUCAUUACUGGAAAGAACAAGAUAUCUCCUUUAGCUUCUUGUAAAUCAAUUUAAAUUGAAACAGUGGAAUGAAGGGGAUUUGUCUGUUACUGAUGAUCAAUUUGAAGUGUUAAAAUAAAGAAAAUUGUACCUCUUUCAACCAAAGCAUUACUAUUUACAAAUGUCAGUGUUAUGUAAUCAGAUUAUAUAGUGUUCUUUCAGAAGUCAGUGUCACAUCUUGAUUUUCUUGUCAUCUGAAAAGUAAGUAAAGGUAGCGUCAUCUAAUUUCAA